AUGGUUUGGCUGUGGAUGUUGCUCUGCUUGGCAUCGGCUGGAGCUCAUCGGUGUGCCUAUCAGCCCCCACGGCCCGGCGAUGUUAUCGUCAGUCAUCGACGUAAUUCGGUCAACAGAAGAGCUCGAAGUUUGUCAGACAAGUUCCAUAUCCAUACUGUUUUCGACAGAUCCGUCACAAAAGAUCUUCCUCAAAAUCUUUCCAUUCAUGUAAAGGUAACUGGAGUUAUACAGGGUGUUUCAAGAAAUCUUCCAGGAAAGCUUUCGCGAAUAUCCUUGAGCUUUGGGGCAAUCGAAGAAUUUUCCGAUUUGAAAUAGUGCGUUGUUAGAAUACGUAACAGAUUUUUUUUCUCGCGUCGAUGUAGGGUCCACGCCGGAUAGCAAAGGUUUUGUACACAUUACAACUUAAAGUUAGCCAAAACUAAGAAGUCAUUCCAAAAAAUUGUAUUUUAACACCGGGUUUUGCCCACACAAAAAGUUCGGAAAGAUGCGCUCUGUAAAAUGUAGGUAUAAUAGGAACACAAUUUUUAGGAUUUUUUGAUUCCUCAUGCCAUGGAGUAUUGGACAAAAAACUUAAGAUUAAAAGGCGGUGGAAUUAACGGGAUUACACUGGAAAGGUCGGUAUAAUCCUUACGUAUGUUCACAGUAAUCUCUAAUUUAAGAGGUUGCAUAUCACAUAAUGAAUAUCUCUGGGGCAAUCGGCGUGUAUGUACAUUUGGAUGCUUACCGGAAACAAAAUGCGGAGAAGCUGUAAUUCCCGACCAUCAUCUUUAUGUAAGCAUUACAUCAAGAUUUACAUCAUCAAUAUUGAAAUAGAAGCAAGAUUAUUCUUUGCAGCCAUGCCUGAGCCGUAAAAUCGUUGUAAACACAUCUCCGAUCAGACAAGUAAUGACCAAUUUUAUUUUGUAUAUCACGGCGUUCAACUCGACAAGAUGUAAUGAUAUGGCCACAGUUGCAUAUGCAGUCCAUUGUCAACAAGACUCUACAAAAAGGUAGACUGUUACUUCAAUUAGUUGAAUUUUACGUGUCCGUCCACUAUAGGUAGAUGCAAUUAGAGACAGAGUUUUGAAAUCCUUGCAAAUAUCCUGAACACUCCUGUAUCUCUGUAAAAAAAAGUGUAUUUUAUGUAUUCUCUACUUUUUUUUCUUAAGCAUUAGUACUCUUAAAAAGUCAUUAUUGGAUAUUUUCUAAAAAAAAUACUUGAUCUUGAAGUAGUACUGUUAAAGGACCACAAAAGGUAUUUUUGUAACCGAAAUUUCCUCGGCUAAAAAAUUGAAAAUCAGGAAUUUUCGUGUCGAUAAAAUUCCGAAGAACAAAUGUUCUCGAUAAACCAAGAUUUGAAGUUUAAUUCAAAAUUUUCAUAAAUUAUACUGUGCGGAUAAGGUCCCGAUGCGAGGAUGUGACUUUCUUUUUUUUUGACAGUUAUGCGGCAAUAAUUUUUAGAAUGCACACGAUAAUAUGGGUAACCCAAAUCAAAGAAUUGAUUUUUUCGCAAAUUUUACCCUAUUUUUUGUCACAAUAAGCGUUUUUUUACUUUUGUCCCACAUAUUAACAAAAUGUAAAAAAUUAAUUAACAAAAUGUAAAAAAUGUAAAAAUAAUUGUAAAAAAUUAAAAAAAAGCUCGAACGAGCUUUCUGAUUUAUGUUCUCUUGGUACAUUCUACUAAGCGUGCUCAAACAGAUGAUAAUUAUUUUGAUUAAAUAGAUCGCUGUUACUGCGGUGAAUUUUGCAGUUUAAGAAAAUAUUCGUAAGAGGGACACUAUUUAUGGGACAACCUAAUACUACAGGGCGGUUUAUCCGAAGCUUCCAUCCUUAUUUCAAGUAUUUCUCCGCCAAUAAUGCACCAAUUUCUAUACAAUUUAUAUCAAAUUGAAGCUCAGGUGCCCCAUUUUUUUCACCCAGUAUGACAGGCCCAAGUUCACGGAGGCUCCCGUGCUGACCCUUGACAUUUUCAUUCCAAAUUUUGAAGCCCGAAAUCGGUGAAACUUAGAAAAUUUUUGCAAUGAUUUUCAAUUGAGUUCUUGUACUUGGAAAAUAUUGGACGUGCUUUUCGGUGCCCGCAAAUGGACUUUUCGAUGCCCGCAAAUUUUCGCGGUUCGCGACCGCAAAUUAAAUCGAAAUCUGCCCGCACUUUUUCUGCCCACAAAUUAUAAAAAGGUUAUGAAACACCUGGAAUAUGGAUAAUUAGUCAAAUAUUUGUAUAAAUACGGUGUAAUUAAGAACUUUACAUAUGUAAAAAUGCAUUUGACAAAAAAAGCUUUUGAGAAGUGUCUCUGAUCCGUGUUUUCUGGGAUAAAAUUUCAAAUCACGAAAUGGUAUCAUGUUUUUGGACAAAGCUGAUGAAUAUGGAGUCCAAAUCAAGUUGUUAUAAAGGCUGAACAAAACUUUUUUUUUGUCUAAACGAACUUUUCGAUGCCCGCAGAUCGGAAAUUCGGGUCCUCAGACAUUACCAAUGUAAAAAUCUUCAUUUUUAUCUUCCAUAAGUCACAUUAUGACACUUUUCACGACCAGUGACACCUAUUUUUCAGUAGAAAAGUUCAAAUUUAAAUUUGCGGGCAAAAAAAGUUUGAAAACUUUUGGAUGCCCGCAAAUCAAAAAAUGCUCCAAAACCUUUCGUAAGCCACCGUAGUGAAAAAAAAAUUGAUUACUACGACAAGAUUAGGCACUAUGAUCAUUUUGUGGCAAUUGAGGCCGAUUUGUUUGCAGGAAAACGGAUUUUUGACAGAAAAAAUAUUUGCGGGCAAAAAAAGUUCUAAAAAUUUUUGAAUGCCCGCAAAUCUGAAAAAAGCUUCUAAAUCAAUCGAAAGUAGUUGUGAUGAAAAAACGAGUUCCAUAAGUCACAUUAUGACACUUUUUACGGCCAGUGACACCGAUUUUUCAGUAGAAAAAUCCAAAUUAAAAUUUGCGGGCAAGAAAACGGUUUCUUGGCAGAAAAAAUAUUUGCGGGCAAAAAAAGUUCCAAAAAUUUUUGAAUGCCCGCAAAUGAAAAAAGGCUUCCAAAUCAAUUAAAACUUGUUGUCUUGGGUAAAAUUGGGUUAAUAAUGCUACUAUGACAAGUUUUAUGACCAUUGGCACCGAUUCUUGGGUUGAAAAGUUCGAAUUUAAAUUUGCGGGCAAAAAAAGUUUGAAAACUUUUGGAUGACCGCAAAUAAAAAAAUGCUCUAAAAUCUUUCGUGAGCCACCGUAAUGAAAAAACCUUGAUUACUAUGUCAAGAUUAGGCGCUAUGAUCGUUCGACGGCAAUUGAGGCCGAUUUGUUGGCAGGAAAACGGAUUUUUGGCAGAAAAAAUAUUUGCGGGCAAAAAAAGUUCCAAAAAUUUUCGAAUGCCCGCAAAUCAAAAAAGGCUUCCAAAUCAAUCAAAACUUGUUCCCAUGGAGUCAUAGCAUCUUUAUUUUACAUUGGAAGUAGUUGAGUUAUCACUUAGAGGUUUGUUAUUAUGAAUUUUUUCUCAUUUUUGGGAUAAAGCGCCUCUUCCUGCAGCGCGCCGAGGUCUUCCGGGUGGGUUUCCAGUAAACCUGAUGGUCCGAUCCUUUUCUUGUUCAGUGAAGUCAUGGAGUCCUUCUUUUUUUGCAAUAAAGACUGCGUGCUUACAUUGAGUCGCCGAUUUUUGCCCAACGGGGCAAGAACACGAAUAAUACGUACCACAUUUUCGAAGCAUGUAAAAUGAUCCUUUUAAGGCUUUGUAGGACUCAAGAGAAUUAAAAUUGGCUUGUUUUAAAUCGUUGAAAUUUUUCAGAAGAUCAACGCUUUCAUCGGCAGUUGAUGACUGAAUCAAGUAAUACCGUCCUAUAUUUUAGGUUUUAGUCUUGUGGCCUUGCUUACCUGACUUAAACUUCAGGUACUUCAAAAAAUUGGGAUCCGCUCGCGAAUUCACAUGCAUAACGAAUGCUUUUCUUGCAGCUGACAGAUCCACUGCAGGUUUUUCAGGAAGGUUUCUCUCGACCUCAAGAGAUCUCGAUACUAGUUCGUCUCUUAACAACGGCACCAUAUGUUUGAAAUCUACUCGUUCCCUUUCAGUUAUUGAGUCUUUAAACUUUCCAUGGUAACUUUCAGCUCCAUUGUUGGUGGAGCCGUGCUGUGUAGCACCCUCAUAGAAACGAUGCCUAAAAGUAACAGAUAAUGUACUGUAUUCUUACUUUUUUUCUGCGCCGUCUGCCGUCACCCACGGCUUCACCUUAGAAGCAAAUGUUUUUGCGCCAAGAUCGUUGUACUUCUGUAGGACAAGCUGACCAACUUUCAAAAAUUCUGUUUCCGUCUCUGCUCUUUGCAACAUAGAAAUAUCGUUCCGAAUUUCUUUUAGUAAUCGUUUUUUGUCUCUUUUCGGAAGAUGAGUUUGCGCAAUUUUCAUAAUGGCCUUAAGUCAGCGUACACAUUUUAUCUUUAAAAUCUUACAUAACCCAAUUUUUAUCCAAGACAACAAAUUUUAAUUGAUUUGGAAGCCUUUUUUGAUUUGCGGGCAUUCAAAAAUUUUUGGAACUUUUUUUGCCCGCAAAUAUUUUUUCUGCCAAGAAACCGUUUUCCUGCAAACAAAUCGGCCCCAAUUGCCGUCGGAACGAUCAUAACGUCUAAUCUUGACAUAGCAACCAAGAUUUUUUCAUUACGGUGACUCACGAAACAUUUUGGAGCAUUUUUUUUUAUCUGCGGGCAUCCAAAAGUUUUCAAGCUUUUUUUGCCCGCAAAGCUAAAAUUCAAAUUUUCCACCUGAAGAUGUGCAGCAGUUGUCUCGUGGCAGCUUGAAAUUACACAAAAAAAUGAUAACAAUGAAGAUUUUUACAUUCGUAACGUCUGAGGACCCGAUUUUCCGAUCUGCGGGCAUCGAAAAGUUCGUUAAAUCUAAAAAAAGUUUUGUUCAGCCUUCAUAAUAACUUGGUUUGGACUCCAUAUUCAUCAGCUUUGUCCAAAAACAUGAUAUCAUGCCGUGAUUUGGAAUUUUAUUUCAGAAAACAUGCGUCUGAGACACUUCUCAAAAAAUUUUUUGUCAAAUACACUUUUGCAUAUGUAAAUUUAUUAAUUCCACCGGAUUUAUACAAAUAUUUCACUAAUCAACCAUGUUUCAGGCGUUUUAUAACAUUUUUAUAAUUUGCGGGCAGAAAAAGUGCGGGCAGAUUUCGAUUUAAUUUGCGGUCGCGAACCGCGAAAAUUUGCGGGCAUCGAAAAGUCCAUUUGCGGGCGAAAAAAAAUUCCUCCUAUAAAUAAUUUUCUGCAUUGCUCUUGUGUUCUGGGGUAACAGGCUUCGUUAAUCGAAAUUUUUAAAAAUGCGAACAAAUGGACGAGACUGUCUACAUGCAUGAGGACAUCCACGCCGAAGAUAAAUAACAUGUUGUGAGGCCUAGAUCGCCCAAGAACAAAGCUUUUGUUUUCAUUCGUUCGACUUGGUACCUCGCCGAAUUGAAAUAUGCUUGUUAGGCACUUGGUACUUCUGUGAACCUUACUUUAAAAAAAAAAUUUUCAUCGAAUCCGGCGACUUUGUUUUUACCGGAAAUUCAAAAAUUUUCCAAGUCCGAGAAACUCAAUUGAAAAUCAUUCCAAAAAAAAUCUAAGUUUCACCGACUUCGGGCUCUAAAAUUUGGAAUGAAAAUGUCAAAGGUCAGUACGGGGGCCUCCUUGAACCUGGGCACGUCAUAUUUGGUGGACAAAAAAUGGGGCACCUAAGCUUCAAUUUGAUAUAAAUUUUACAGAAGUUGGUUUACUAUUGGCGUAGAAAUACUUGAAAUAAGGAUGGAAGCUUCGGCUGAACCACCCUGUACAUAAGAAAAGGAGUUUAAAAAAAAAUUCACAGAAAAAUUUCUUUUUAACAGUCCUACUUAAGAAAAAAGUAAAUAAUACAUAAAAACGCUUUACAAAGAUACAGGAAUAAUUUUUUACAAGGACACAGGAGUGUUGAGGAUGUUUGAAAGGAUUUUAGAAAUCUAAUGGCAUCUGCCUAAUCACUCUGCCCAUAAUGGACCGUUGCCGAAUUUUAUACCCAUGAAAUAUAAAGAAACUCAUUCUACGCCCCUUCAGGCCAAUUGCUGGUAAUGUUAAUAUCUGCCCAGCCUCCCUUUCAACUCGACCCCAUGAUCAGGAACUGUUAAUAUCUACUAUCAAGCAUGAGAUUGCACAUGCUCUCGUUUUCUCCGACGCACUUUUCAAAGAUUUCCCCAGGGUAUGGCGUUUCUAAGUUUCUUGCCGACGAUCGGGGUCCAAAAAAAUUAAAAAGAGGCCAUAAGGUUUUUGUGUAUAUAACGAGCCGGAAAAGAGGAUGACAAAAUAAAAAAAGUAUUUUGUGCGGUAACGUACAAAAAAUUGCGUUUCGAAUAUGUAAACUUCGUCAUCAGGCGGUUUAUAAACUAAAAAUGAUUUUAAGAAUUUCGUGGGGGUUUGAGCGCAGUUACAGUCAGAAAUACCAGAGUUUUUGCUUUCGGUGCAAAAAUAAAAAUUUGGUCUUGGUCUACGGAUUGUGUAUGUGAUAGUGGAUAUACAUACAAAAUUUCUAGUCAAUGAGUUGAAAUGACUGUCAAAUUUUUUAAGGGAUAGCCGAAACCUGGAUCAGCUAGCAAAGUUAACGAAAAGGUUGGAACGGGUGUCAUAAAGUUAGUUUGGAUAGCCAAACUAUGUAUUACAAUGGCUUCACAGACAAUAGCCACGGUAGUAAACAUCUUCGAUUGCCAUUUUGACACUUUGGCUAGCCGAUCCAAACUCAUUUAAAAAUUUUUUAUAAUUCCUAUUCUUUUCCACCGAUUCCAACAUUUUGGCUAGCUUUUUUUAAGUCUUCAAAGCCAUUCUGACACUUUGGUUAGUCAUUAAAAAAGUUGGCUGUCAUUUCAACUCAUUGGUUAGCUGGUCAAAGAAUUUUACAACAAUGGCUAUACAUCUUGGGGUAUACCCGAUCUGCCCCAAUGUUGUAGACUUUAAAAUUCUGCCACAUACACGUAAAAACCUCACGGCCUCUUCUUAUUUUUUUGAACAACGAUCGUCGGCCAAAAAAGCUUCCGAACACUAUGUAACGCAACAUUCAUGUGAGACCACCAAAUAAACAAAUUACAGAACCCCAUAAGAACCAUAAAAAGAGACUGGCCAAUGAGAAAUGGUCAUGUUGUACAACGACGUCAUCAUGUAAUCGCGUCUCCCAGAGUUGCAGAGGAAGUACAACGACAUUUCAAUUGUAGCAAUCUUCUCGGCGCAGAAUUGGAAGAUCAGGGUGGAUAUGGAACUUCAAUGGUACAUUGGGAAAAGAGAAUAUUCGAGAAUGAGGCCAUGACAGGAACACACACUCAGAACCCUGUCUAUAGCAGAAUUACUCUGGCCCUGUUCGAAGACAGCGGGUGGUAUGAUGUGUCAUACGAGUAAGUGAAUAACGUAUUACGCUUGUUAUUUGUUCUCUAAUAUGAGGGAGUCGUUCAAAUCUAAAUGAAUUGAACUAUGAGACCGGCAUAUCAGAUUCUCCAUAUAAGAGGGGUUCCGGUUAAAUUCAAAUUUUUUUCGGCUACGGCAAUUUUUUUUCUUCAAGGCGCACAAUAAGCAAAACUACUAUCCAUUGUACCGUUCAGGACGCGUCUUAUCCUGUCAUUGCUCUGCAAGUUGCGAGACAUAAAAGUCGGUAUGGCCGAAACGCGUGGCUGAGCAUCACAGCCGAAAACUUUUUGAAUUUACCCGGAACCCCUCUUAUAUCCUUAAACGGUUAGGGCUAAAACAAUUUUGGCUCCUAGGUUUUCAAGAAAAUCUACCAUAAAGUUUGACCGGAAAACCCCGCUAAAUAGUCCUCGCUCCGAAAGACUCUUGGAACAAGGGCCCAAUGGGCAGAGAGCGGAAUCGAGACGUUCUCUACAAGUCUUUCACGAAGUAGCUUCAUUUUUCAGGCAUGCGCAUAAAUAUGCAAAUUUUACAUUCACUUCAAUAUUUUACCCAAAGUACGCAUAAAAAGAAAAAUCUGUUUUUUGCAUUGCAAACAUUCUGGAUUUCCACACCAGGGGAUCAAAAAAACGACCCGUCUCAUAGCUCAACUAAUUUUCGAUUUGAACGAUAUCCCUAGUAAGUCGGUGUCGAUAAAUUUAAUAAGUUGUUUUACAUUACCCAUGCAUGUUUCGUUGCAGAUCAGCCGAGGAUUUCAUGUACGGAAAGAAUCUGGGCUGCGACUUUGUCCAGAUGACUUGUGGAGAAUGGAUUCGGACGCGCCAAGAGCAGUAAGUGGACAACUGUGUUUACUGUCUGCAUGUGGGAUUUACGAUAUACGGAUAUAUUUUAGAGGAUUAUCGAUAAUGCCCUUCUGCCAAGCACCUAAACAUGACGGCCUCAGAUCUCUAGCAGUAACAAGCUGUACAAGCGAGAGAAACGCUCUUUCUUUCUGCAACCUUAUUCCUUAUGAAGAGGAACUGAUUCCUUAUUAUCAAUACUUCGAACAUCUCAAUGGAAUAUCUGAUGCCAAGGUUAGUUUCUAUGGAGGCUCUGUCGAAUUGGCCGACUACUGUCCGUUCUAUCAAGCCUUUGCCUGGCGAGAUCCGGCUGCUGAUCAACCCUUCUUUCGGGAUUCAAGAUGCUCAUUAGACAUAAACACCCCAACCGUAGACAGUAAUCCCAUUAUGGAAGUCUACGGCAACUCUUCCAAAUGUUUUGAUCUCCUUAUUACGUGGACAGAAAGAAAAUGUGGACGAGUAAAAACGUUUUCUCAAAACCUAGCAGGAUGUUACGAGGUAAGAGAAGCCACGGUUUCAUAUAGCUUUUACAGUAUACCUGCAAGAAAGGAAGAGUAAACGUACGAGUAGCAGGAAGUUCGUCGUAUUACCCAUGUUAUCAUGAGGGACAGCAUAUUCAUAUCAACCAGGUAAGUCGGAAUAAACAAACUAGAGUCUUCAGAUAAUAAAUGGAUGGCUUCGACAAGGCAUUAUCGUAUGUCCGUCAUGUGACGAGAUAUGUGGCGCCGAUGACGAACCUGACUUUUGUGGGCCUGAACAAGAGCCACCCCACAAAUACAUCGGGGACGAACCCUUAGUCGAACCGUGUGCCGCGAACUCUCAAUCAAUCAAACGGGUUUUCCUUAUUAUGUCAUUCAUCUUUCUCUUAAGGCAUAUUCCGGUUGUCCAAACAUACGUGUGA